AAAAGUCUUGUUUUUCAGCUUCGACUGCAAUUAGUUCACAUUUACACACUCACUCUCUCAACUAAACCGAUCACCAAACAUACACUCAAAUGGACCCUAGAGAACCGCCUCAGAUUCCACACCAUCAACAUCAACAUCAACAUCAACAUCAGCAUAGCAUGAUUCUAGGCGGCGCAGGCGGUGGAGGUGGAGGUGGCGGUAUUGGUGGUGGUGUUGGUGUUCCCUCCUCCGCUUACUCAAAUUUGAAUAUGAUGAGUCCAAACAAUAACAACAUAGGUCAUCAUGCAUCUGCUGGCGGUGGCGGUGGUGGUGGUUUUCCCUUUAAUUCGGUGGGACCGCCUCCGCCUCACCAGCAACCGAAACCACCGUCUUCUUCCGACGGUGGUGGUGGUUUGUUCGACGGAUCAUCUCCGCCGUCUUCGAGCGGCGGAAUGAGGUUUAAUAUGAUGGAACAGUCUAAGAAGAAGAGAGGUCGGCCGAGGAAGUAUACUCCUGACGGCAACAUUGCUUUGGGUUUAUCGCCAACUCCAAUUUCUUCCGCUUCUCCGACUUCGUUAACUCCACAACAGCAGCAGCAGCAGCAGCAGCAACAACAACAACACGGUGGUUCUGGUGGUGGUGGUGGUAUUGAUUGUGGUUCGAGUGGUGGUGGUGUUGUUGCUAUUGGUACACCUGGUGUUGCUUCUGAGCCUUCUAGUAAGAAACAUAGAGGACGACCCCCUGGUUCUGGGAAAAAACAACUUGAUGCAUUAGGUGGGGUUGGAGGAGUAGGGUUUACCCCUCAUGUGAUUACAGUGAAAGCCGGCGAGGAUAUAUCAUCAAAGAUCAUGGCCUUUUCACAGCAAGGACCACGAACAGUUUGUAUUCUUUCUGCAAAUGGUGCCAUCUGCAAUGUAACCCUUCGUCAACCAGCAAUGUCUGGAGGUACCGUCACAUAUGAGGGCCGGUUUGAGAUUAUUUCGCUAUCAGGUUCUUUCCUGCUUUCUGAAAAUAAUGGCAAUCGCAGCCGAACUGGUGGUUUAAGUGUGUCAUUGGCAGGUUCAGAUGGUCGAGUUUUGGGGGGAGGGGUUGCUGGAAUGUUAAUGGCAGCAUCACCAGUGCAGGUUAUUGUGGGCAGCUUUAUUGCAGAUGGCAAAAAAUCAGACUCUAUCGUACCGAUAUCUGGGACUUCCUCUGGACCUACAUCCCAAAUGUUGAAUUUUGGUGCACCAUUGACAACAGCGAGCCCUCCGUCUCAAGGGGUUUCUAGUGAGUCCUCUGAAGAAAACGGUAGCAGCCCUCUGAAUCGGGAUCCUCAAAUCUACAGUAAUGCUCCUCAACCUAUUCAUAAUAUGAACAAUAUGUAUCAUCAUCAGCUAUGGGCAGGACAAAAUCAACACUGAAGAGGGUUCUAAGAUAACAACAAUAUGGAAGCUUUGAGGCAUUGACACCGAGAUGGCAAUCAUCGAGCUUGCAGAGUAGAUUGAGGUUGAAUCCUAAUAUUAACAUGCGUUAUUUAAUUAGGCCGUAGAUGAAUCUUGCUUUAUCAUUCUUGUUUCGUCAAGAUCGGUUUUCCCCCUUGAGUAGGCUUUUCUUUCUUGCCUUUUAUUUUCCGUCAUCGAAUUUGAAGGCAGCUGUUCCUCAGUCGAUAUGGACACAGCUGCUUCCGAGGCUGCGUGUCGAUCCUUUUUAGGAAUGUUUUAGUCAGAUUUGGUGUUUAGAUAUUGCUGGUAUUUUGCCUUUAAUGUUCGUUCCUAGUUGCUAGUUUCUGCACAUGAUGUAACAGUUUACAUCUCUAUGAAUAUAACAGCAGUCUUCAAU